UUCAAAUUACCCCCAAAAUAAUAAAAAUAUUAGAAAAUUUUCCCCAAAGCUUACAGUAAACCUUCUUGCAUUUUUGUUUUCUCUCUUAUCUUUCUAGAAAACCCCAGAUUUCAGCCCCCCCUACCAAUCAAUUUUAGGGUUUUUGUUUACUGGGUUUGUGGAUUCGUAGAACUUUGUUUAUCCUUCAGAAGUUAACAACUCCACUUCUUGAUUUUCCGAUCAAGAGAAGUUUUGGUUUUUGGAACAUGAUACCAGUUCAGGAAGCUCCAUAUGGUCUGAGUGCUGGUUGAAAAAAUUAAAGUAAUGUCAGAUUUGCGUUCGUAUGAGAUUGAGGAUUUGGUAUGGGAUGAGUUUUCUCUCAGUGAAGAUCACAUAGUGCCUCAUUCGGCAGGUGAAGAGGCCAGCGACGACUCAUUUCCUGAGGGGAGCCGUAAAAAACCUUGUCGCGAGUUUGUUGGUAUUCCAGGUAAUGCUAGAGAGCAAUCUGCAGAUCGAAGUGCUUGUCAGAGGAAGACACAAGAAAGUACUACACCUCUGGAUGAUAGAAGGAAUAUAAUGCUAGAGAAAGAGUCCUGGGCACACACCCCUAAUGGUGUAUUUCCUUCUCUAUCUGACAGUAAUUCAGCCAAAGAAGUAUCAAUUUUAGCAUCUGAUGGGACCAGAAUAUCAAAUCAUGGCUUUGACAACAGUAAUUCUGAUCUGAUUGGCAGCGGUUAUUGUACCACUGAUUCCAUGCUCAUAGACAAGGGUGCCGCAGCAGAUAAUAACUCAUACAACUAUCCUCUAGGCCACAUUCCCCAAGCAGAUAAUGAUAUUAUUUUCUUUGAUGAUAAUCAAAAUGAAAAAGAAUCUAGCGAUUUCUUGUACUAUGGCUGGCCUGACAUUGGGAACUUUGAGGAUGUCGACAGGAUGUUUAGAAGCUGUGAUUCAACUUUUGGACUCGGUGCUAGCAGUGAAGAUGAAUUGGGAUGGUUUACAUCAUCAGAUGCAAUGGAAGGAUCCGGAAACAUGUUGAACUCUGAGUUUGAACCUCCAUGUCCUGCCGCAAGUACAAUGGAACAAAACUCAGAAAAACAUGAUCCUGUGAGAACAAAUGGAACAUACUCAACAAUAAGUGGUUCUGGCAUAAAAAGUGCCCUUGGAAGCUGUGAGGACAACUCAUGGAACAAGGAUGAUCCUGCCAACAUCGGUCAGUUGUCUUUUGCAGAUGGCACAGGUAGCUCUGAGAACACGGGCAGUUUAAGGCCCAGAAAGCAGGGUGUUGAGCUCAAGAGAGAAGUUCUGCAUAAGAUAUCAGCGGCAAAUGGCAGCCGAGCAAUGGCUAAUGCAACCAAGAAGCAGCAAAAGCACCAGGCCAGACCAGAGACGAAGAGAAAAAGCUCUUACUUUGGACAGGGGGGUUCCUUCUACUAUGAUGUUUGCCCUCCAAACGAAGAGAAAGGCAUGCCUUCUGAAGCCACAUCUCAUCUAACCCUUCCUCCUGGAGGCAUUAUUCAGCAAAAGCAAGACUUGGGAUCUGAGUCCUUUGGUUUUAUGCAAAACAACUAUCCCUACUUGCAGGCUGAUUACAGUCUUUCAGACCAUAAUUCAAGUUUUCCCGGAAUAUCUCCUAUCAAAUCUAAUCACCAUGGACAGAAUAUUCCAUCGAAAGAGUCGUCGUACUCUUCAAAUCAGGUGGUUUCGGCGCAGAGUUCUCAUAAUCCAGCAUUUCAGGUGACCUCUGCUGUACCUUUGGAAGAGACAGAAAAGCAGCAACCUAAGCAAGCCUAUACUACCAUGUUUAGUGACAAACCUACAAAUGGGGAAAUAGGGGAUCGGGUUGCCGUGUGUGGUCAAAAUUCAGGAAAUCAACUUGAGAAUCAAAAAGUUGAAAAAUAUCAUGGAGAGUAUGGAUACCAAGAGGGCUCUUCUGUGAGUUCUGCUGUCGAUGAAGCCUCACUUGAGGCGACAAGUUUUCGCCAGCUUCAACUUGUCAUGGAGCAGUUGGAUGUGAAGACAAAACUAUGCAUAAGGGAUAGUCUGUACCGCUUGGCACGAAGUGCAGAACAGAGACAUAACCACACCCAUAUGAAGGGAAGUUGCUGCGGAGAUGAUUUAGACACAAAUGGAGAACUGUUGGCAGAAGGAACAAAUAAGUGUAACGCACUUAUGGAUAUUGAAACCGACACGAACCCCAUAGAUCGGUCGAUAGCGCACCUACUAUUUCACAGGCCUUCAGACUCUGGCUCUUUGUCUUUUAAGCCACCGUCUCUGGUAAGAUGAUCUGUUAACCCAUUGAGAAUAUUUCGUCUGUGUCUUCUUGGGUAUGAAUAAUCUUAGGCAUUUUGAUAGAUUGAACCUGAUCCUAUUGGAGUCACAAAAAACAGAUACAUGAUUCUGUCGGUAGGCAACAUGUGAUUGCUGAGAAGUCAGGGGAUGAAGAAGGAUCUGCUGCUAAAAUGGAUAAUAUGGCUGAUAGUUGACGACAAAUGUUACAGAAAUAGCAGAUUUGAAAUGUAAUCCUGUGUAUUUUAACUUAUACUGCUGCAUUGUAUGAAUACACUCCCAGAGUACUAACAACAGAGUUGAGUUUGUUGCACAUUUUGAUUGCCCGUGAUUGAAGAUGUUAUUGCCUCUAAUAGGGAUGUGGAUUUCUACGUUGUUCAUACACCUGACUGGUUCAUGCUUAACAAAGUUCGUUUCUUUUUUUAUA